CAAGCGCACACACCUGAACCAUGGCAGCCACCGCAGCAGCUUUAUCCGGGCUGAAGGUUCUCGGCAAACAGUUGGUCAUCGCUCAACGUAUCUGGCCCAGUGUCCUCUGCAGAGCUGCAAGCACCUCAUUCAAGGCAUCGGACCUGCAGAUAGAGCUAAACAAGCAGCCCAAAGAGAAGACUGAUGUGGCCAACCUCAUAUUUGGGAAGGCUUUCAGUGAUCACAUGUUGACUGUGGAAUGGAGCAAUGACAAGGGCUGGGGAAAGCCACAAAUCAAACCAUUUCAAAACCUUUCCCUUCACCCUGCUACCUCUGCUCUGCACUACUCUGUGGAGCUCUUUGAAGGAAUGAAAGCUUACAGAGGGGAGGACAAUCACAUCCGGCUUUUUCGGCCUAUGUUAAACAUGGAGAGGAUGCACAGAACUGCCCUUCGAGCAUGUCUACCUUCCUUUGACAAGGCAGAGCUCCUUGAGUGCCUGAGAAAACUCAUUGAAAUUGACCAGGAUUGGGUUCCUCGUUCCACUUCGGCCAGUCUCUAUAUCAGGCCCACCUUCAUUGGCACGGAGCCUUCACUCGGAGUCACAAAGUCCACUCACGCACUGCUGUAUAUCAUUCUUUCACCCGUGGGACCCUACUUUGCAGGUGGUGGCUUUUGCCCAGUGUCCCUUCUAGCUGAUCCUCAAUAUGUACGCGCCUGGAUAGGGGGUGUAGGCAACUGCAAACUGGGUGGGAAUUAUGGUCCAACGAUAUUUGUGCAGAACGAAGCAGUCAAGGUUGGAUGCCAGCAGGUUCUCUGGCUCUAUGGGGAUGACCAUAAGGUGACUGAAGCUGGCACUAUGAAUUUCUUCAUGUACUGGAUUAACGAACAUCAAGAGGUAGAAUUGCUGACCCCUCCUCUGGAUGGUUUAAUCCUUCCUGGUGUGACCAGACAAAGCCUGCUGGAUUUGGCACGGAAAUGGGGGGAUUUCAAAGUUUCCGAACGGUCGGUCACAAUGAGUGAAGUUAUCAAAGGCCUGCAGGAGAACCGGGUAAAGGAAGUGUUUGGCGCAGGAACAGCCUGUGUGGUCUGCCCAAUAAAGAGCAUUCUCUAUCAGGGAACGAAUUAUGCCUUACCUACCAUGGAGAAUGGACCAGAUGUUGCAAAGAGGUUUCUAAAUGAGCUCACUGACAUUCAGUAUGGGCGCACUCCCAGUGACUGGUCAUACCUCGUUUGAUAACAAAUGGGCCUCUGUCAGAUCCGGCAUUCCUGAGCAAUACAAUCACAGACCUUCCUGGAGUUUUAUUUAUAAGGAUUUUAUUGUACCGGGGGGAGGGUGGAUAAUGGAGACGACAAGUGAGGAGUUACUACCUCUGUUUCCAUAGCUGCUUCCACUCCCUUCUCUCACCCGUCCUCCAUUCCUUUUAAGCGCCGGGAUGUGGCUGACAGCUGACUUUUUGUAUUUUAAUAAUGGUGCAAAACAGGAUACUACUUGUGCUCUUAGCUGGAUUAGAAAUGUGAAUAGAAACCCAUGACUAAUUGCUAUAGAAGUUGUGGGAAUAUUGCCUUUAGGGUUUCUGUAUAUACGUAUAUAUACUGUACACUCCAUAGUCCUCAACAAGGGCCAAGCGUCCCUUCUUCCCGUAAUUCAUAGCAGCCAAUCAGCUGUUAGAAUUAGGAAACCCAAUGCCUGAUAGGCUGCUAUGCUUACAGGACUAGGGCAAACUGUUAAUUGGUUUGUGCAUAUCCUUAAUGUGCAAACCAAGCUUUUAUUUACCUUAUACCCUUUGAGGUCAAAAUGGUGUUUUCCCUCUGCUAUUAAAACGCACAAAACUGUCACAAUGUGCACAAGUUAAUGUGACAUUUCUUUGCAUUAAAAAAAGUUAUUUACUGUUAGAAAAAAAGGAGCAAAUUCAUUGGGGAAAAUGGUUAUAUUAUCUGAUGGUCCAGCAGUAUAAAUAUUUUUGUGCAGUUGAAUGUAUAUAAAUAUAUGUAACCUGUGUAUUAA